CGCAUUGUGUGGAGUGGCCAAAACAAUCAAGUGAAAGCGCUGAAAUUGUAUUGUAUGUUGCGCCCCAGCCAGAGCUAGCUCAUAAACACAGAGUAAAAACGUCGAAAAGUCGGUGAAAAACUUUCGUCGUAUACUGUGAUACUGUGAUACGGCGAUACCACUGUGUGCUGCACAAGAGCAAAGUGCACGGCGCACGGCGGAGAGAGAGUUCACAGCUCCGCAGCUCGCAGUUCCAAGUGGCAAGUGCCAAGUGGUAUCUGAAAAUUAUUUUACGGAACUAACGCAGACCCCGGGGCCUCGAACUCAGUUUCAGAUUCACAGUCACAGUCAGUCGCAUGCGAGAGUCGCUGACGGGCGGAGCUGAGAAAAAUUCAGAUUCGGAUUCGGAAUCGCAAUCGCAAUCGCAAUCGGAAUUGGGAAUCACAAAAAUCGGAGACGAGACGCGACGAGUCGAGAAGAUAUAUAGCGCAUAGACGAAAGAAAAAAUGUGCUCGAGAAGAAGAUGUGCGAGUCGGCGAGUGUUCAUGUACAUAAAUCGCAGCGGAAUCAAAUGAGUUUUAUUCAAUCAACGAAGAAAGUCCGCCCACCAAACGGAAGUGCUAUAUAUAUAUAUAUAUGUACAUACAUAUAUUGACUUGAGUCUGCCAGCAACGACAUCCCGUAUAAACUAAGCGAAAAGCCUCUUACGAAAAUGGGCAAGGAUCAGGAGUUCCUGGAGGCGGCGCGCAAUGGCAACAUCUCGCACAUCGAGAAGGUGCUCACCCAGAAGGCGAAAAGGGCCGGACCGCUGGCCAGUUUGCGUCGUGGCACCGGGGUGAAUGUCCAGGACAGUGGUGGCUACUCCGCCCUGCAUCAUGCCUGCCUGAAUGGCCAUGAGGAUAUAGUGCGUCUGUUGCUGGCACACGAGGCCUCGCCCAAUUUGCCGGACUCCCGGGGAUCAUCGCCACUCCACUUGGCCGCCUGGGCUGGUGAAACGGAGAUUGUGCGGCUCCUGCUGACGCAUCCAUAUCGACCGGCCAGUGCCAAUUUGCAGACAAUAGAGCAGGAGACGCCACUGCAUUGUGCCGCGCAACAUGGUCACACGGGAGCACUGGCCCUGCUGCUGCAUCACGAUGCGGAUCCCAAUAUGCGCAAUUCCCGCGGCGAAACCCCACUGGAUUUGGCCGCACAAUAUGGCCGACUGCAGGCGGUUCAAAUGCUUAUACGUGCCCAUCCGGAAUUGAUAGCACAUCUGGGCACCGAAACCUUGGAACGGGGCACACCAUCACCAUCCUCGCCAGCAUCGCCAAGUAGAGCGAUCUUUCCGCACACCUGUCUGCAUCUGGCCAGUCGCAAUGGGCACAAAAGCGUGGUGGAGGUCCUAUUGUCUGCCGGAGUUAGUGUCAAUCUGCUAACACCUUCGGGAACUGCUCUGCAUGAAGCAGCUCUGUGCGGCAAGGAGAAUGUUGUGAGGACACUGCUGAAAGCUGGCAUCAAUUUGAAUGCCACAGAUAAUGAGGGACGCACGGCUCUGGACAUUCUGCGCGAAUUUCCGCCGCAUGUCACCAAACACAUUGUGGCUGUGAUCAACAACUUCCGUAACCAAAUGGACACCGAUGAGGGCGACGAGGUGAUCUACAGACAGCACCCAGGACCACCGAAUUCCGGACGUGGCCAAAGCAAACACCAUUCGCAACAACAGCCACCACUUAGCAAUCACUACCACUUCAACUCGAACAAUCACUUGCUGAAUCAUUCGCACUCCAUGCAGCAAUCCGGAUACACUAAACAGCGACUGAGUGCCGGAAACGGUGGACCCUACAACGGAGGCAAGUCCUUGGACAGUGCCCUCCAGCCGGAGGAUCGUUUCUACCAGGAUCUCAACGCACACUCCCCACUGCAUAGUCAGAAUGAAAUGGGUGGUGGCUACAGUGUGAGUCCAUCCUCAUCGCUGAGCAGCUUUGAGCCGGCCUCGGUGUCGCCCCGAUCCCGCUGCUCCACUGGUGGCCUGGGCCAACCCAUGCAUAUGAGCACCUUUGCACCGGCUGGUCCACCCAAGAAGCCACCGAGGCGCAACCUCUCCGUUUCGCCAACUCACGCCGGGCCGGGCCAGCAGUUUAGCUGCAGCUCACCAUCCAGUCAGAGCCAAAGUCAGAGUCAUGGUCAUGGCCAUGGCCAAAACCAGGUGCGUCGCCAGCCGGCCAGCGAAAGUCCCUACUCCCAUCAGAGCCAUGGCAGUGUGGGCGGCAUGAGUUUCGAUGAGACUCAAUUGAGGGAGCGGCAACGGAACGAUCGUCUUUAUGCAAGUGCCAGGCAGAGCACAAGAUCCGCCAUCGCCGGCGGAAUGAGCCUGAGUUCGAGCAAUGACAUGCUGGAUCGUCAGUGCAGCAGCUCGGAACUGAAUAGCGAGACGAGUGUGCCCAAUUCUAGUGGCGAUUCCCCGGCUACCAACUCCAUGAAGCGACCUAUACCAGCUCCUCGAAGUUCGACCACCAAGCUGUCCAAGGAGCUACUCAAAUCAGCCGAAAGUGCUACCCUCAAGUCGUAUAAUCCCAAUCGUAAACUUAAACGCAAUCGGAACAGCAGUGGUGCAAAUGGAGCUGCAAAAUCCAAUGGUGGUGACGAGAAUUGCGAGGCCAAGCAGCAGAUACCCAGCAGCCCCACCCACUACAAACAGCCACCCACGCCGGAUCAUCCGCCGCCGAGCUCCAGCCAGGCGGAGCGGACCAUCCACGAGCGGAUCAGGCCACUCAGCCAGGAGUACAAGCGCAGAUCCGCUCUGCUCCAGCUCCAGGCAGCUCAGCAACUUAUGAUCGAAACGGGCUCAUCGCCUUCGAAACUGCUGCCCACGCUGAGUACGCCUGGCUAUGAUUACGAUGAUACGGUUACGGUGGUGCCACGCUGUCCGGCUCCAUCGUCCGGAUCGCUGAGCUCGAGCAUUUCGUGCUCGGAUCACAGUCUAUCCCAUUCCACGGACUAUGUGGAGGAGUUUGUCAGCGAUGUACCCUUUGCCGGUCUGCUGAAAGGCGCCUCGCAGCAGCUCAAAGAGCAGCCCGAGGUGAAGUUGAAAAUCCAGGAGGAGAACAAGCCGCAGCAAACGUUGCCAAGAGUGCGUCCUCCCAUUCCCACCAAGCCAGCAAUUCCCGAAAAGAAGUUCGCCAAACCGCCAACCACACCAACCAAUCAGCCGCUGGAGGCCAAUGGGAAUUCCUCCAGCGAUGUCGUAAUCAAACCACCACGAUCACCUUCCAAAUCACCGAGCAAAUCCUCUAACAAAUCGCCAGCCAAGUCGCCAGGUAAAUCGCCAGCAAAAUCGCCAGGAAGUAGUCACUCGGCAGCAAGGAAUUCCAUCAAUCUUCUCAGUCCCUUCAAUGCGGAAGAGGCGCGCAAGAAGAUCUCCGAGAUAAUCGAGAACUUUGGCAGCGGCAUCCUGAACACCAGCAUAACGCCCACCCAUGACAUCGAACUGGACUUUGAGGACAUGGAGGUGCCCAACGAGCGAAGGGAAUUGGCCACACGUCUCCGCGCCGCAGGAUUACUUCAUCUGGAGCGGAUACUGUUCGAAAACGGUUAUGAUAACUACAAGUUUGUGCACAAUGUCUUUGAGGAGCCCGAUAUUCCGCUACUCCACAUUCCCGAACGCGAUGCCCCCAAACUCCUUCGCUUCGUGCAGAGUCUACCGGCGGCAGAGUUCCAACCACAGGUGCCAGUGAAGACGCAGCAGGAGAACAAGCAAAUGGGUGUGGCCACCCUACAGCAGUGGCUCAACACCAUCGCCCUGCCGGAGUACCUGGAGUUUUUCAAUAAGCAUCUAUACAACACCAUCGAAAGUGUGUGCGGAGUGUGGGAUGUGGAACUGCAAACGGUGCUGGAAAUCAACAAACUGGGCCACCGGAGACGCAUCCUGCAAUCGCUGGCCUAUAUCCGCCAGAUGCGCGACAGUGACUCCAAGUCGCAGAAGACGCCGCUGGGCGAGAACAAUGAAACCAAUCAGCUGACAACGAAUGGCAAUGGCACAGCCAGGGAGGCACCAACCCGGUUACCCGCCAAUCCCGUACAUCAUCGCAACUCCAUCACUGGCUAUCGCAAGAGUCGUCCCGCACCACCACCGCCGGCACCGCCAGCUAGGAAGACAGCCGCUCUGCAGAUACGGGCUCCAUCGGAGCUACUGCUGGGUCUGCCGGCCAAUCUUAGGACCACCGAAUGGCGCCACUCGGCGCAGACUUUGCUCAACGAGCACAUCAAUUACGAGGUUCAAUACCUCGGCUCAACGGUUGUGAAAGAACUACGUGGCACAGAGUCCACCAAGAAGUCCAUUCAAAAGCUGAAAACUUCGGCUGAGGGUGAAGUCAAAUCGGGUUCACCACUCUCGCUGGCAAUUUGUCACCGUGGCGUCGAGUUCAAGGACGUGAGCAGUAAGCGCACCAUUUGCGAGCACGAGAUUCAGAACAUCAAUUGCGCGUGCCAGGACUCGGAGGACUUGAGGCACUUUGCCUACAUAACCAAGGAGCAGGAUCUGCACUACUGCCACGUUUUCCUGGUCGAAAGCACUGACCUGGCCAGCGAGAUCAUCCUGACUCUGGGACAGGCCUUCGAGGUGGCCUAUCAACUGGCACUGCGCGAUGGAAUCUCGACCACGCCGGCAGUACUCCUGGACAAUGGAAUGCUGCAGGGCGAGUAUUGUGGCGGGAAAUAGAGCCAGGACCUGGCCACAGGAAAGCAAACACAGCCGACACCAACGGCAGCACUCAGGCCAGGUCACAGUCUCAGUCACAGUCUCAGUCGCAGUCACAGUCGAAGUCGCAGCCUAUGCGCCAAACUAUUUUGCCUCACAAACUAUGGGGCACUGUUCAAGUUGUAGUUAGUGGGAAUUUUUGUAAGGCAACUAGUAGUUUUGUAGUCCUUACGCAUUUGACUUUUAUACGGGAGCGGGAAAACGGGGGAUUUUUUUCUAAUUAUUUAACUAUUCAAAUGGCCAAAGAACAAAGAACAAACUACAAACGAAACGAACAAAAAAGACUCACAAUCAACAAAAGGCACAAUUUUUUUCCCAAUUAAGAGAAAUGCACCAAAUACAAAAAUGAAGACUUUAUUAGAGCUUCAACCAAUUCCAAGUUUAACAGAAAGCUUUCCUUUCCAAUCGACUUAAUUAUUAGAACAUUUUGCAAAGAAGAAUCAUCAUUAGAACAUUUUGCAGGGGUAACAAUUGCAUCCCGAUUCCAAAAACAUAUUAAGAUAUUGCAUUUAUGUGGUAAAAAGAAAAACGAUAAACAAUAGUAAAUGAAAAUGUUUUAGCAAAUUUUAACAUAUUAAAGAAAAGGAAAAUCACGUUUGGCGUGCGAGCGAGGAAAUUAAAAGAUAUUGGCUUAUUAAAACAAUUUUAUUAAUGUUGAAUGCUAAAGGCAAAGAAUUAAAUUGAUACAGAAAGAGCAAUGCAAAAUCAUAUCCCGCAUUCAUGAAGAUCUAUAACCUAUUGGCUAAUCACAUUUACCAUAUAUUAUACAUAUAUAUACAUACGACUAACUCUAAUAUUGAAUAUGUAUGCGUGUUGUUAUAUAAUUUUUAAUUGAAUAUGUAAGCGAAUCGAAUCGAAUCGAAUUAAAUCAAAGGACAGACAACGCAUCAAGUUAUAAGCAGCAAAUUGCUUACAAAAUGGUAGAAAUGUAUUGACUGCAUCGAUGUGACGACGAGUCAGCCGCAUUUGAAAUAUGCUUUUGAGAAUAUUUUACGAAUUUUAAAAAUAACUUUUAACUAGUCCCUUAGUUGUUAUGUAAGCAUUAAUCAAACCACACGUGUAUUUGCAUUUAUUCGAUUGUAAAAUGUGUUUUUCGUUUGAGGCCAGGCCUCGUUGUUAUCGCUAUCAUUUUGACAUGAUUUAUCUAUGACUUUGGAUUUAGACCUAAACGAGGCGUUUUGCGUUUUGCUCGACCCUUUUCUAUCGAUGUAUGCGAACGCUUUAAAUGUUAGCCUGCUUGUGGUACAAGAGAUUCCAUUAAGUACCUACCUACUCAAUACAAAAUCGAAGAUUAUUACAAAUAAAAAUAAAAACUCAUCUUAAUCCAACUUUCUCUGGGCAGCAGUUUGUUAUGCCAUAGACACGCGCACACGGUAAAUAAAUCAAUUUUAUUAAACUAUAUAUACAAAAGUCGUACUCAACCAGCCUAGCCCAUAACUAAAGAAAUUUAA